CACUGUUGACCGGCGGAGCAUGAAAGUUACGUCAAAACAAACUAAAGCGACCUCGUUUUAAUCCCCAAACAACUUUAUGUUUUGGAUUUUACAACUGUCCUACGAUCGCUGUUAACGCUAAGUCGAAGGUCGCGCUGGUUUGUUUGACGAAUCUGCCUAAAAAAUUUUACAGUUUGUAGUUUGUUGUACAACUUAAAUUCCCACUAUGUCGACCGUUCGUGGGCACUUUCCGGCAGACGAAAGGUUUAAGAGGGAUGAAUCUUUCCAUGAUCAGGAGGCCCAAUUCGACAAGCUAAGCCGAAGUUUGGAGAUAGAAAAACGCAAGGUUGCCAAAAAACUCGAGAAGUGCAAACAAAUAUCUGAAACAGCGUCUAUAAGUUCAUAUUCGAGUUCGACUGACGAGUCAUUUGUGUGGAGAGGAGAGAAUGGAAGUGUGAAAGGAGAUAAUUUAAACGAGGGCAGUCAAAACAGUGGUUCUACCUUAGUUGAUAAUUAUUUGAAGGACUUGGAAAGUGAACUUGAUAAUAAUAGCGAAUUUGGAAGAUUUAACAACCAAAUACCCGGCCAAAAGGAAAGCAAAAUGAGUACGUUUGAAACAAGGUCUUAUUCCCAAGAUGGCGGUUACACUCAAAGCUCUAGAACAACGACAACCACAACAACACGACAGUAUUCAUACCGUACAGUAAAUGGUGAACGCAUCGAAGAUGGUGAUUUACCGAUAGCCAAUGGUGACCGUCACGUCCAGAAGUACACCUACACCACACAGAACGGCUACAGUGACAGUAGAGGCUAUGGUGGAAAUUCCAGGCAAGAUUACCCCGAUGACGAGUUUAGAGAUGUUCCUGGAAGAUACGCCCCAGACUCCAGACAACCACGCGGCAGCCACAGUUCUCAGGGUUCUGCCAGCGACGAAAUUUCUCGAAAAACAGCCUCGUACACUGAGUCGGCGCCGACCGACCUCGAGCAGAGAUCUGGAUCUAGAUCGUCGUCACGUUCAAGCACGACGCGCGGUGCGGAGGCUCCCCCCCAGUCUCAAACUCUGCCACGGACAUUCGGGCAAAAUGAGCCGGGCGAUGUCCCGCAACAAGGGUCGUCAACGGUGCCAAGACAACCACCAAAAUCUAAAGAAAACAUCACAUACAAUUUGAGUAUGAAAGUCGGUGAUGUUAGAGGUUCAGGUGCCGAUGGUAAUGUCUACAUUCAACUGUUUGGUACCGAAGGCAAGACUGCCAAAAUCCAGCUACGACAGGCUGGUGAUACGAGAAAUAAAUUUGAGAAAGGAAAGACGUACAAAUUUACAGUUGACACUGUAGAUAUUGGUCAGCUUGAGCGUAUAAAACUAAGUCACGACCACAGAGGAUAUGGUUCAGGAUUCUUUGUCGAUGAAGUCGAGGUUGAGGUUCCCUCGAGGAACGACCGAGUUACCUUCCCUUGCCAUUGCUGGUUGGCUCAAGAUGGCGGAGUCAAGGAGACUGAUAUGGUGGCCUCACAACCAUCUAAACCACCUCAGCCGACGAAAAUCUACACCGUUUCAAUUCGCGUUGGCGAAGUGGUGAACUCUCAGACAAGUCUUUAUAUUCAGUUGUUUGGUGAGAACGGAGAAACAAGCAAAAUAAUGCUGAGGCCAGCAGGGCCUUCUCUCUCGAAAUUUGAACCCGGAAGAACUUACAAAUUCACUGUCGAGACCGUUGAUAUUGGAAAGGUUGAGAGAUUACGUAUGGGUCAAGACAGUAAGACGGGGGGUAAAGGUCUCUAUGUUGAGACCAUUGAAAUAGAUCCCGAAGGGGGCGAGAAUGUGGUGUUUCCAUAUCAUGGCUGGUCUGAAGACGACGAUCUGAAGUCUCAAAGGGAUAUUUAUCCCGAAUCAGAGUACUCUGGCGAACCUAAAGCUAAUGUGGACUACCACCUCACAAUCCGCACAGGUGAUAUCGCAGGCGCAGGUACUGAUGCACCGGUCUUCAUUCAACUGAUUGGUGACGAUGGCGAGACCGAACGAAUUGAACUGAGUCCUGGGGGGACUGGAGACAAGAGGUUCGAUCGGGGUAGAACUGAUAAGUUUGUGAUUGGCACUUUGGACGUCGGGAAGCCUCAUACCAUCCGUAUCGGUCAUUUGGGUCGGGAUAGUGACUCGAGCUGGUACUUAGAUGAAGUAAUAGUCGAUGUUCCAUCUCGUAACGAACAUUAUCUCUAUCCGUGUCAUUGCUGGCUAGAAGAUGGAAAAACUGAGACUGAACUCUCUGCAGAAGUCUACAAAGUCCCUCUGGGUCCAGGAGCUCCACCGAUGGACCAGCCUCCUCUUACCAAGCAACGAUCAUACGAUGACGAAGACAGCGCCCCGCCGCAAAGACCGCCAUAUAAGGAAGAGGAUGUACCCAAUCAGAGUCCGCCGUACGUUGAUGACGAAGACGUACCAAUCGAAAGGCAGCCAAUAGUGGAAACUGUUCAGCGAAACGAAAAACCCCAGGAUGUCGAAGGGUCGCUACCGGACUCUGAUACCCGGAGAUCCCCUCCUCGAAGUAUAUCACCGGAGAAUCGACUCCCGUAUGAAGAAAGGACCUCUACUAAGGCACCGUUGACUGAUGAAGAUGACAGUAGAAGCAACGUCACAUACGAGUUGUGUCUCAAGAUGGGAGAUGUUCAAGGCACUGGGACCGAGGGUUCGGUUUUCGUUGAAUUGAUCGGUAGCAAGGGGAAGACUGAGAGAAUUGUGUUGAGAGAAGCGAAUGACUCCAGAAUCAAGUUUGAGAAAGGGAAAAGUUAUAAGUUCACCAUCGAAACUGCUGAUAUAGGAAUAGCGGAGAAAGUCCGCGUCGGCCACGAUGCUCAUGGCCCUGGUCUGGGAUGGUUCCUGGAGGAACUGAGUGUCACGGUACCAUCACGUGAUGAGCACGUUGUGUUUCCGUGUCAUUGUUGGUUAGCCGAGGAUCAAGGUGAUGGUAAACUGGAACGAGAAUUAUCCUCAACACAAGCGACAUACCAUCUUGCCUUGGCUACUGGUGAUGUUCCUAACGGAGGAACCGAAGCGGUGCCUUACAUCCAGAUAUUUGGUGAGAGAGGUGACACCGGCGUGAUCGAAUUACGAAAAGAAGCUAACUCUGGUUUUGUUCGAGGGAAAACUGACUUCUUCAACGUGGAUGCCGUUGACGUGGGAAAGAUUGAAAAGAUUCGCGUUGGUCAUGAUGGCCAGGGUUACGAUGGUGGAUGGUUCCUCGAGGAAGUUGUCUUAGACUGCCCCCAACACGGAGAACAUUUGAUCUUCCCCGCCCACUGUUGGUUGUCCGAUGUAGAAACUGAUCGACAGACAGAACGGGAGUUUACUCCUGAGCAAGUCGCUCCUUACAAAGUAUUUAUCAGAACCGGCUCGCGACAAGGGGCCGGAACGGACGCUAGUGUAUACAUGCAGAUAUUUGGAGAUCAAGGGGACACUGGAAUCAUUGAUCUUAAACAAAUCAUGUUAUCCACCUCGGGACAGUUCGUCGCCGACCACGAAUGCAAAUUCGACAUGGAGACCGUCGAUGUUGGAAUGCUUGAGAAAGUACGUAUUGGUCACGAUAACAGCGGCCGCGACCCUUCGUGGUACUUAGAUGAAGUAAUGGUCAUUCUUCGCGACGAGUGCUGGGUCUUGCCGUGCCAUGAUUGGCUGGAUGAAAACAGGGGGGACACGGAACGCAUGCUGUUCCCUGAGACCAAGACGUUCGCACAGGAGCCCGACCUCGAAGACCUCAUCGCGUACUUGGGUAGCAACGAUGUCGUUCUGAUUGUAAACGCCGAAGCUUACCUGCAACAUCUGUUCUACAAAGACGAUGGAAUUAAAACCAAAUUUAGGGCUUUGAAUGGUAUCCCACCCCUGAUCCGAUUGCUGGAUAGCAGGAACGAAGAUAUACACAGAGGGGCGGCAGGGACAUUGAGGAACUUAUCUUUCAGCAAGGAAAACGAUGAGAAUAAGGUUCACAUUUGCCGUUGCGAUGGUGUGAAAGCUAUGAUGAGAUUACUUCAGCGAACUGACAGAGUCGAGCUCAAAGAAUUGUUGCUGUCGAUCAUUUGGAACUUGUCAUCUUGUGAGGAAAUCAAGAGACAUAUUUUAGAAGAAUGUUUAGUCCUAGUUGUAACAACGUUUGUUAUUCCCGAUUCCGGAUGGGACAAGCGUGAUAUAGAGCCGGUCCGAUGGACCCUUUGUUUCAGAAACGCCACUGGUAUCCUAAGAAAUCUCUCGUCAGCUGGCCUGGAGGCGAGAAAGAAAAUGCGUGAUGUUGUUGGUUUAAUCGAUGCUAUGUUGUAUGUCAUUAGACUUUCUCUUGGAAAGCCGGGCGUGGACGCAAAGACUGUAGAAAACUGUGUUUGCAUAUUACGUAAUCUCUCGUACCGUCUCGAAGAGGAAGUUGACCGCAAUAAGUACCUAGAUACAGACUUGGACCCAGAUCGCCCGGACAGGACCAUAUAUGGUGGUCCGGACAAAACCACCGCAGGUUGCUUCAGCAAAAAGUCGAAGAAGAAGGGUCAGGGUGAUCGCGCGCCUAUCGAGCGUGAAGGGCCACAUGCCAAAGAAGGCGUGGCGUUGCUGUGGCAACCGGAAACAUUGAGUCCGCUGCUCACCGUGCUUGCGGACUCGACUAUCGCAGAGACGCUUGAAGCAGCCACUGGCAUGAUUCAUAAUUUAACUGCGUGCUCAUGGAGGUGGUCAGCGUUAUUACGUUCUACACUCCGACGUGAGAAAGGUCUUCCGAUCUUAGUUGAACUGCUCCGAGUCGAUGACGACAGUGUUAUUCGGGCGGAUGCGACAGCACUUCGGAAUCUGGCGCUCGACACAAGAAAUAAAGUUGUUAUUGGUAAAUACGCGAUGAAAGAUCUUGUGUACAGACUUCCACCAGGCGAAGGAAGUCAGGGUGUUACAGAGCCCACCUAUGGUGCUAUUAUCUGUACCAUACAUCAACUGGUUGACCAAGAUUCACAGAAUGCCAAGGCCGUACGUGAUGUUGGCGGGGUUGUAAAACUCGUCAAAAUCGCCAAGGGCAACUUCAAUCCGAAAGUCAUCAAAACAGCCAAUCAGGUUCUGAUCUCAAUGUGGAACUUCAAAGAAACACGAACUGCCAUCGACAAGGCUGGCUGGCAGUACACAAAGAACGUUGCAGACGAGUAUGGACAAGCCCCUCGUCCCAAAGCCUACGACGAUGUUUCAUUACCCCGUAGUGCUCACAAGUCGUAUAACAACCAACCCCGUUAUCCCCCACCGACUACAAAUACCCCUAGGGAACCCGACGACACUCGUGAACUCGAGAAGCGCGGUUACGCAAUACCCAAUACCGGCAUCGACACUUCCCGGUCGUCACCAGGCCCUGCUAGAGCUUCUCCUAAACCUUCUCCUAAAGCUUCUCCUAAACCUUCUAGAGACGAGCCUUCCUCCCCCCAUCUUUCGGAUCUUCACGCACCCCCGGAAUAUGCGAAAGUGAAUAAAAAUCGUAAGAAAGCCCCGGAGGGGGAGGGAAAAGACGAAGCUGAUUCGUGGGUCUGAAAAUAACUGGUCUACUGUAAAACUUAUUAAGAAAAUCAAUCUCCUAAAUUUGAUGUCAAAUCUCACCAAAAACUGGUGUAAUUUCUGUGAAUUGAAAAUUUGGCGCAAUUUUCUCAGAAUUUGAAAAUGCGACUGGACAUUUUGAGUAUUGCAUGGUAGCUACAAAAUGAUACUUUAACUUUGUUUAUUUAAUUAAACGCCUUACUCGAAUAUA